GCCUCCACUCGGUGCUCACGGAAGUGGCAGGGGCCGCGUGGCUACCUCCUGGUGCCUUCCCUGUCUGACAGGGCCUCCCAGCCCCACUUGCUGCCCUGUCCGGCCAAGAACAGAAUCAGUGACCAGGAGACAGUGAGUGACCUCUCUGUGCCUCAGUUUCUUCAUCUAUGGGGAAACUGAAGCACAGAGCUGGACAGUGACUCAGACACCAGGCACUGAAUAGGAGCCUGCAGGGGUCUCCACAGAGGUCAUCACGAUGUCAUAUUUUGGAGAACAUUUUUGGGGUGAGAAAAACCAUGGCUUUGAGGUUCUGUAUCACAGCGUGAAGCAGGGACCCAUCUCAACCAAGGAGCUGGCAGACUUCAUCCGGGAGAGGGCCACCAUCGAGGAGACCUACUCAAAGGCGAUGGCGAAACUUUCCAAGCUGGCCAGCAAUGGGACCCCUGUGGGGACCUUCGCCCCGCUCUGGGAGGUCUUCCGUGUCUCUUCGGACAAGCUGGCCCUCUGCCACCUAGAGCUCACUCGGAAGCUACAGGACCUCAUCAAGGAUGUGCUGCGCUACAGUGAGGAGCAGCUCAAGAUGCACAAAAAGUGCAAAGAGGAAGCAGUGGGCACCACGGAUGCUGUGCAAGUCCUUGCGGGUGUCAGCCAGCUCCUGCCCAAGUCCCGCGAAAACUACCUGAGCCGCUGCAUGGACCAGGAGCGGCUGAGGAAGGAAAGCACCAGCCAGAAGGAGCUGGACAAGGCAGAGACCAAGACCAAGAAGGCAGCCGAGAGCCUGCGGCGCUUGGUGGAAAAGUACAACUCUGCCCGCGCGGACUUUGAGCAGAAGAUGCUGGACUCAGCUCUGCGCUUCCAAGCCAUGGAGGAGAGCCAUCUGCAGCACAUGAAGGCCCUGCUGGCCUCCUAUGCUCACUCGGUGGAGGACACCCAUGUGCAGAUUGGGCAGUCCAUCCAUCUGGCCCAGGUGCAUGAGGAGUUUAAACAGAAUAUAGAGAACGUCAGCGUGGAGAUGCUGCUGAGGAAAUUUGUAGAGAGCAAAGGCACAGGCCGGGAGAAGCCUGGGCCUUUGGACUUUGAGGCAUACAGUGCGGCUGCCCUGCAGGAAGCAAUGAAACGUUUGCGGGGAACCAAGGCCUUUCGCCUCCCGGGACUGAGCCGGCGGGAGCGGGAGCCACCUGCAGCUGUAGGUUCCCUGGAGCCUGAUUCAGUGACAUGUCCAGAGGUGGAUGAAGAAGGUUUCACUGUCCAACCUGAUGCGACCCAGAACAAUACAGCAGAGCCCUCCCGCUUCUCAUCCAGUGACUCUGACUUCGACGAUGAGGAGCCCCGCAAGUUCCAUGUGCACAUCAAGCCCGCCGCAGCCCGCGCCCCAGCCUACAGCCCCGAGGCGGCUGCCGCGCAGCUCAGAGCCACGGCUGGCAGCCUCAUCCUCCCUCCUGGCCCAGGGGGCACCAUGAAACGCCAUUCUUCACGGGAUGCUGCUAGUAAGCCACAGAGACCUCGAUCUGCCCCAAGGACCAGCAGCUGUACAGAGAAGCUGCAAUCCGAUGAGCAGGUGUCCAAGAACUUCUUUGGGCCGCCCCUAGAGUCUGCCUUUGACCACGAAGAUUUUACAGGCUCCAGCAGCUUCGGCUUCACCUCCAGCCCCUCGCCGUUCUCCUCCUCCUCGCCUGAGAACGUGGAGGACUCCGGGCUGGACUCGCCGUCCCACGCGGCACCCGGGCCCUCCCCGGAUUCCUGGGUCCCCCGUUCGGGCACCCCGCAGAGCCCACUUAGCUGUAGGGCGCCGCCCCCCGAGUCGAUAGGAACACGGCUCCUACCUCUGUCGGACUCAGCACAGCCCCUCGCCCCAUCCCCGGGCCCCUGGGGUCUGGAGGCCGUGGCUGGAGGAGACCUGAUGCCUGUAACUGCUGACCUCACAGCCAGGGAGGGCCUGGCAGCUCCACCCCGGAGACCCCGCUCCAGGAAGGUGUCCUGCCCCCUCACACGCAGCAAUGGAGAUCUGUCUCGUUCCCUGAGUCCUUCACCACUGGGGUCCUCGGCCCCCAGCACUAUCCUAGAACGGCCCAGCUUCUCAUCACAGACAGGACAUGGAGUCUCCCGGGGCCCAAGCCCUGUGGUCCUGGGCUCCCAGGAUGCCCUGCCUGUGGCCACUGCCUUCACCGAAUAUGUCCACGCCUACUUCCGCGGCCACAGCCCCAGCUGCCUGGCUCGAGUAACUGGGGAGCUGACCAUGACCUUCCCUGCUGGCAUUGUGCGCGUGUUCAGUGGGACCCCACCCCCGCCGGUCCUCAGCUUCCGCCUCUUGCACACGGCCCCCAUUGAGCACUUCCAGCCCAAUGCUGACCUGCUCUUCAGUGACCCCUCCCAGAGCGACCCUGAGACCAAAGACUUCUGGCUCAACAUGGCAGCGCUGACUGAGGCCCUGCAGCGUCAGGCAGAGCAGAAUCCAGCGGCCUCCUACUACAAUGUAGUGCUGUUACGAUACCAGUUCUCCCGCCCGGGGCCCCAGUCUGUGCCUCUGCAGCUAAGUGCCCACUGGCAGUGCGGGGAGACCCUUACUCAGGUCUCGGUGGAGUACAGCUACCGUACCGGUGCCACAGCCGUGCGCACACCACUCACCAAUGUCCAGAUCCUGCUGCCUAUGGGGGAGCCUGUGACCAACGUCCGCCUGCAGCCAGCGGCCACCUGGAACCUGGGAGAGAAGCGGCUCCUAUGGAAGCUUCCAGACGUGUCUGAGGCAGGGGGCUCUGGCCAUCUAUCUGCCAGCUGGGAGCCGUGCUCAGGGCCCAGCACACCCAGCCCAGUGGCUGCUCAGUUCACCAGUGAGGGAACCACUCUGUCAGGCGUGGACCUGGAGCUGGUGGGCAGUGGCUACCGCAUGUCAUUGGUAAAGCGGAGGUUCGCCACAGGAAUGUACCUGGUGAGCUGCUGAGUGUGCAGAGGCUGCCCAGCCCUGCUGGUCCUGGCUCUGCCCUGCGUCCUGGUGCUCACUGACUGCUCCCUGCCUUCCUGCCAGACUCUGGGUCCCACCCUGGCCUCCACCAAGGCCCCAGCUAUGUGGAGAGAAGACCCACACCCAGCCUGGCUGAGCCUGAGAUUCACUUCUGCUCACGCCAGCUCCCAUGCCAGUCCUUGGACUUUUAAUGUUCUUUAAAUAAACACUUUAUUUUCUAAUAAAAUAAAUAAUGAGCCUU